UUGACCAUGCCUAAACUCUCCCCCACAAUGGAAGAAGGGACAAUUACAAAAUGGAGAAAAAAAGAGGGCGAUUUCGUCAAAGUAGGCGAGGUGAUUUUCGAGGUUGCCACCGAUAAAGCGACUGUUGAACACGCUGUUCUCGAUGGCGGUUACCUUCGGAAGAUUUUAAUGAAAGAGGGGGGAUCGGCAGUUGUCAAUCAACCGGUUGCUAUUUUUACAGAAAAGCAAGACGAGAGUAUUGAAGGGUAUCAAGUCGAAGGAGCCACUCCACAACCAGAGGUUUCAGCCCCAGUUGCGGAGAAAACAGAGACGGAAAGUCGACAGGCAACCGUCCCCCUUAAAGAAGGGUUUGCCCAGCCGGCUUUCACUCCAGAACCCCCUUUACAAGGGUACGAAUUCUCCGCUGGAAAUUCAGACCAUAUCGCCGCCUCUCCUUUCGCAAAAAAAAUGGCCAAAGAGAAGGGGAUCGACUUGUCGACUGUCAAAGGGUCUGGCCCAGGCAACCGGAUUGUGAGCGGUGAUCUCAACCUAGGACAACCCGAUCUUCCGGUGACAUUUAACUCUCAGGCAAAACCGACGCUGCCCCCUGGUACUUACGAGGAAGAGCCGCUGACCCCGAUGAGAAAAGUCAUCGCGCAGCGACUUCAAGCGUCGAAAACAUUUGUCCCCCACUUUUAUAUCACGACAGAAGUCCGUGCUGAAAAACUACUCGAUGCGAGAGAACAGCUCAAGAAGAUCGGGCAUAAAAUUUCAGUCAACGACUGUGUCAUUCGAGCUUGCGCCAUUGCGCUCCGAGAACACCCGCAGGUGAAUAGCGGCUUUAACUCGGUCAAUCAGACGAUGAUCCGUUUCAAGACGAUCGAUAUCUCGAUUGCUGUGGCGAUUCCCGAUGGUUUGAUCACCCCGAUUGUUCGGCACUGUGAUUUCAAAAACCUCGGAGAGAUUUCCGCCGAAGUGAGAUAUCUUGCUCAAAAGGCGAAAGACGGGAAGCUCCAAAGAGAAGAGUUCGUGGGAGGAUCGUUCACCGUCUCUAAUCUCGGGAUGCUUGGAAUCUCGGAAUUCAUGGCGAUCAUCAACCCUCCUCAGGCGGCGAUCUUAGCCGUUGGAGCCGUUCUCGAUCAACCUGUCGUCUCCGACCAUACGAUCAUCCCUGGCAAGGUGAUGAAACUCACCCUCUCAGCAGACCACCGUGUCAUUGAUGGAGCCGAAGGGGCCAAGUUUAUUAAGACAGUUCAAAAAUAUCUAGAGAAUCCAGCCUCUCUUUUACUCUGA